AUGGCCUCGCGCGCCUCCCGCGCGUUCUCCUUCGUGGAGAACACCUCGCUCCGCGGGCUCGCGGGCUCGUGCGCGCUGGCCGGCGCGGGCGUGGUCGUAUCGGGCCUCGUGAUGCGCCAGCGCAUGCUCCGCGAGCACCCAAUCUGCCAAACGGCAUGCGACCAGCUCGAGCGGUCGGAGGAGGUGCGCCGCUGGCUCGGCGCGGGCGAGGUCUCGACGGGUGGCGUCGUCGGAGGCUACGUGGACAUUCAGGAGGGCACCGCCGCCUUCCGCAUCCCGCUCGGGAGGUCGGCGGACGGGGGCGCUGCCUACGCGCGGGUGGAGGCCGAGGCCGAGUGGCUCCGGGCGUCGGUUCCUGAGUCGAAGUGGGCGCCGAGCCGCGAGCCGUCGGCGAUACCGAGCGCGGUUCGGAAUCUGCUUCCAAACACGCAGGCCCUGCUGGGCGACUCGGAGGCGCACCGCUUCGUCCUGACGCUCGCCACCGCGGUGAUGGCCAACGCCGUCGCCUUCACCUACCUGCACCGGCGCGCACGCGGGCUCGAACGGGUGCUCGAGUUGCUGCGGCUGCCAGUCGACCGCCCCGCCGCCAAGUUGCGCGCGGCCGCGAUGCGCGUCGCCGAGCGCUCUAUCGAAGCGCGCGCUUUGCAGCCCAAGCAGGAGGGCGGGGGGCUCUACGGCUGGCAGGCGGCGGACACGCUCUAUGCGCUCGCCCCCGUCGUCUCGCCGGCGGCGGCUUACGACCUGCUGCUGGCUGCACGGCGCGACGGCAACGGCGAGCGGCGGCCACGCUCAAAUUGGUCCGAGAGGGAGCGCGCCUCCCGAAAGUUUGUGGCCGUGUGCACCCUAGGCGAGUGGGAGCUCACGCACGUUUCCCUCGCCGAGCCGGCCGAGACGCAGGUGCGACUCACGCGCGGCGGCCUCGCGACCGGGGAUUCGCUCGCUAUCGCGCAGGCGGCGGUCGCAGAGAUGAUUGGCGCGGCAGAGAAAGUCCCUGCCUUUGGACCGUUUGAAAAAAAACAAAAAUCAAGGAUGCACAACGAGCGAGAAGCAGCAGCAGACAGAGCAAUGACGAUGAUGAUUUCAGCGUAA